AACGACCGGGAUGAGUAACAUAAAGACUCUGAUCCACCUGCUGUGUUUCCUGCUGCCAAAGUUUGAGGUGAUCAGGGGGAAAGUCUUGGAGGAGACGUAUCUAAAGUGGGUUCAGUAUAAAGAUGAUUGCAUCAAAAAGAUUAAAAAUGAGCCUCUGCCUCAAGAAGGGAUUUUCUGUAACAGGACAUUUGACAGAUAUGCCUGCUGGCCCGAUACUCCUGCUGGAUUUAUGGUCAACAUUUCAUGUCCUUUCUAUCUGCCCUGGUUUGACAAAGUGUCCCGGGGUUCUGUUCGGAGGCGGUGUGGCUCUGAUGGACUCUGGAAGAGGGACGACAGCGGACAGGUGUGGAGGGACAUGAGAGAGUGUGAAGAGGAAAAAGAGGUGACGUCUCAGGAGUUGUGGCACAAACAGUUGAUGGUGAGCUUCAGGACUUUGUAUACUGUCGGCUACUGCACGUCCCUGUGCACACUUACACUGGCUCUCGUCAUCCUCCUAAGCUUUAGGAAACUGCAUUGCACCAGAAACACCAUUCACACCAACCUCUUCCUGUCCUUCAUCCUGCGAGCUGUGGCAGUCAUUGUUAAGGACACCAUGCUGGAACGCCACUGGGGGAGGGAAAUCAUCAAACAGACCGAUGUGAGUGAGAUGCUGAGUCAUCAGGCUGCUAUUGGCUGCAGGAUUGCACAGGCUUUGAUGCAGUACUGCGUCUUGGCCAAUCACUUCUGGUUCUUUGGAGAGGCAGUCUAUUUAUAUUCUGUUCUCAUUUCCUCCGUCUUCAUUGACAACAACAAAUACCUGCCUUACCUUUGUCUUGGCUGGGGAACUCCACUUUUAUUUGUGGUUCCCUGGGUGGUGGUGAAGAUACUGAAAGAAAACAAUGAGUGUUGGGCUGUCAAUGAGAACAUGAACUACUGGUGGAUUAUUCGUUUUCCAGUUCUUUUUGCCACGCUGAUCAAUUUUUUGAUUUUCUUGAAGAUCCUCGGGGUGAUUUUCUCCAAACUACGAGGCAACAAUCAGUGUCAAUACCCAGAUUACAAACUCCGGCUUGCUAAGGCCACUCUCACCCUCAUCCCUCUGUUUGGGGUUCAUGAGGUGCUUUUCGUCUUUGCCACAGACGAGCAGACAACGGGCAUCCUGCGCUACAUCAAAGUGUUUUCCACUCUUUUUAUCAGUUCAUUUCAGGGCCUACUUGUGGCUUUGCUCUACUGCUUUGCAAAUAAAGAGGUGCAGACAGAACUGAAGAGGAAGUUGCGCAGCUGGAGGACAAAGACAGAUAUUGUGUGUUGUAGACAGUGA